UUGAUUUUCUUUCCUUUUUUAACGGUACGAAGUCCUGGGAAAGUGGAAGAUAAGUCUGGCAUAAGGCAUUGGAUCGUUGAUGGGGUAAUCUUCGAUUCUCUUUUCCAUUUUCAAUUCCCCUCGAUUCUUCUGUGUAUUGCUUCCGGUUGUAGCUUUGCGAUGGUGGGAUUUAACUGAUCAAAGUACUAGGCCUUUAUUUCACGAGUGAAGUGCAUGUAGGACAAGCGAAAACCAAGUCUUAAAAGCCCAACUUCAUUUGGAAAAGGAUCUACUCUUUCACUAUACGAGGAUUCAGAAAUGGGGAACUCAAAGGGAUGUUUUAUUGAAUAUUUUAAUUCUGGUGAUUAUUCAUCACUUUGGAAAAGCCAUGGAGCAUAUGGCAUUGUCGGUGCUGCUGUUGUUGGUAUACUUAUACCUGUAUUUAUUUCCUCUUUCUUCAUUGGAAAGAAAAAGGGAAAACAAAGAGGAGUUCCUGUAGAUGUUGGUGGGGAUUCCGCCUACACCGUACGCAAUGGUCGUGUAACUGAAUUGGUUGAAGUACCAUGGGAAGGAGCCACAACCAUGGCAGCUAUGUUUGAGCAAUCUUGUAAAAAGAAUUCACACAAUCAAUUUCUUGGAACAAGGAAGCUUAUCGACAAGGACAUUGUUACAGCUAGUGAUGGUAGGAAGUUUGAGAAGCUUCACUUCGGAGAAUAUGAAUGGCAAACUUAUGGUGAAGCAUUUGAUCGUGCUUGCAACUUUGCAUCGGGUCUUAUUAAAUUAGGCCACAACGUGGAUACUCGUGCUGCAUUAUUUUCUGAAACCAGGGCAGAUUGGUUAAUAGCAUUCCAGGGAUGCUUCCGACAGAAUAUUACUGUUGUUACUAUUUAUGCAACUCUAGGGGAGGAGGCGCUAAUCCAUGCACUUAAUGAGACUUCAACUUCGACCUUGAUAUGCGAUUCAAAGCAGCUGAAGAAGCUGGCUGCUAUAAGCACAAGCCUCAAAACGAUUCAGAAUGUUAUUUAUUUUGAAGAAGAUGGAACUUCAAAAGAAACUGGAUAUUCUGAAAGCAUGAGCGGCUGGACAGUUGUGUCCUUUUCUGAAGUUGAGAGACUUGGUAAAGCAUGUCCCGUUCCGCCAAGCCUACCCUCUAAGAAUGAAGUUGCUGUUGUUAUGUACACAAGUGGCAGUACAGGUCUGCCAAAGGGUGUUAUGAUAACACAUGGAAACAUUGUAGCCACUGCUGCAGCAGUUAUAACAGUCAUUCCAGAACUAAAUAGCAAAGAUGUCUACUUGGCGUACUUGCCCCUGGCUCACGUUUUUGAAUUGGCAGCUGAGUCUGUCAUGGUGGCUACGGGAUGUAGAAUUGGUUAUGGUUCUCCAUUGACUUUAACAGACAUAUCAAACAAAAUUAAGAAGGGAACCAAGGGAGAUGCUUCUGAAUUAAAGCCAACUCUCAUGGCAGCAGUUCCUGCUAUACUGGAUCGUGUUCGAGAUGGAGUACUGAAAAAGGUUGAGGAUACUGGGGGUCUAGCGAAGACUCUUUUUACAUUUGCAUAUACACGUCGACUGGCAGCUGUAGAAGGAAGCUGGUUUGGGGCUUGGGGACUGGAAAAAAUGCUGUGGGAUUUAAUCAUCUUUAAGAAAAUACGCUCUGUACUUGGAGGAGAUAUUAGAUUUAUGCUCUGUGGUGGAGCUCCUUUAUCUGCGGAUUCACAACGCUUCAUCAAUAUCUGCAUGGGGGCUCCUAUUGGCCAAGGAUAUGGCUUAACAGAAACUUUUGCUGGAGCUGCUUUUUCUGAGGCAGAUGACACAGCAGUGGGCCGUGUAGGGCCACCCCUUCCUUGUUGCUACAUUAAGCUUGUUUCUUGGGAAGAAGGUGGCUAUAAGACAUCUGACAAACCAAUGCCCAGAGGAGAGAUUGUUGUUGGGGGACACAGUGUAACUGCUGGAUACUUUAAGAAUGAGGAAAAGACUAAUGAGGUGUACGAGGUGGAUGAGAGGGGCAUCCGCUGGUUUUAUUCUGGUGACAUUGGAAGGUUUCAUCCUGAUGGAUGCUUAGAAAUAAUUGAUAGAAAGAAGGACAUUGUUAAGCUUCAACAUGGAGAAUACAUCUCUCUAGGAAAGGUUGAAUCUGCGCUAAUGUCAAGUAAUUAUGUGGAAAGUAUCAUGUUACAUGCAGAUCCUUUCCAUAGCUACUGUGUAGCAAUUGUUGUACCUGCACGAAAAUCCCUUGAGGACUGGGCCCAAAAUGCUGGCAUCAAGUAUGAGGAUUUCUCUGAGCUGUGUGUAAAAGCUGAAGCAGUUAAAGAGGUUCAGCAAUCCCUUGCCAAGGUUGCAAAAGCUGCAAAACUAGACAAGUUUGAACUCCCUGCAAAAAUCAAAUUGAUGCCAGAUCCAUGGACACCCGAGUCUGGAUUGGUUACUGCUGCCCUAAAGAUAAAGAGGGAACAGCUGAAAGCCAAGUUCAAAGAUGAGCUAAAGAAUUUAUAUGCAUGAACCAGUGGAGUAUGCUAUGUCUGUUCCUUAGUGGAGUAUGCUAUGCCUGUUCCUCCAAUGUUGGAUUGGAGGGUUAUUGUGGUAUAUUUUCUCCUGUGUUGUUGUUAACCACAUACGAGUUCUAAUUGCUCAGUUUCUGACACCAUGCAACUGGAUAAUUUCAAACAAAUUUGUUGCAAAAGAAUUGAGCUUUAUUUUUAUCAGCUUAUUUUUAUAUAAA